AUGUCAAAUACAUUCUUUUAUAGACCCUCUCAUCCUCCUGCAUCUGCUUCAACUCCACAACAGACGACUCAAACGACCCCCUCUCUUCAUAAUAAAAACCGCCACCGCCGACAAACAACCCAAUCAACAGGCUUACCAAAAUCCUCUUCAAGAAUUUUAAAUGAAACUUCUUCAAAUGCUUCAUUUGCAAGUUUCUCUUCUCUAUCUUUAAUCUCAUCAUCAUCUUCUUCUUCUUCUUCUUCUUCUUCUUUAAAAUUCUCCUCAUCUUCUCCAUUAAAAAAUAAAAACUUUACUGAUAAGCAACAUCCAUCAUCAUCGUCAUCACCACCACCACCACCACCACCACUUCCAUUGUAUCCCACCGCAUCCCACUCAUCCACCACAGAAGAUUCCUUAUCUUUAACUUCAGACUCAUCCUCAACAAGACAAACAAACCUCCUUUCAGAAUCAUCAUCCUCUCCAAGCUUUCCUCAACAAUCAUAUCCACAUCAACUCAGACUCUUAAGGCAACGCCAACUUGAACUUCAAGCCGCUUGGGAUCAAGACUGGGUGGUGUUUGCGCCAUCCGACCAAGAGGAUGACGACCAUGCACGCGACCAAGAAGAAGAAGAACAGGAUUCCGACCAGGAUUCGCUACAAGAAAGACAUGAUCAUAAAGAUAAUGAUGGAAUAGAUGAAAAAAAAAAAUUUACUAACAAUGGGGAUUUUGAUGAAUAUGAUGAAACAAAAUAUAAUACCUUGAGUCAUUAUUCUUCCUCGGGAUCAAUAAUCCCCUUUUUUUAUAACCCUGAUACCCCAUUAGCUGGCUCACAAACACCUUUAGCUCUCCCCUCUCAUAACGGAUCAGGUGCUUUCACCCGCUCGUCUUCCUUUCUAGAUACUCUAAAUAGAUCUGUUGCUGCUGCCGCUGCCGCUGCUGCUUCUGCUUCUGCUUCUGCUACCGCCACAGGUAACUCUGCUGCUGUACCUGCUUCUAUUGUUACCACUGAUGAAUCAGCAACUCCUCACUCUAACGUUGAUCCUGUAAACAUCCCAUCUCAUGCCUCCCAAUCUGUUAACUCCUCCCCCAUGAACUCGCUUGAUAGAGUCAAUGUCUGGCGGUUUAACCAAUCACAGCAUGUUUAUAAUGAGUUUAAAAAGCUCGAGAAAAAACGUCUUUUCGCUCCAGCUUCAGCUCCGGCUGCUUAUGAUACACUUUCCUCUUGGGGUCUUCCUGAAGAUGAGGAAGAUAGUAUGGCGGCAGCAGCAGCAGCAGCAGCAGAAACAGAAACAGAAACAGAAACAGCAGAAGUAGCAGAAACAGUGAAGGAACAAAAACAAAAAAAUCCAAAAGUAGAUGAAUUAAUGGCAACAUUAUCAUCUUCCUCAUCUUCCUCAAAAGCUCAAAACUUGGGAAACAUUGCUUCUGCAUCAAACGUUCAUUCUCAUACAAUUAUCGCCGCGGCUCUUAAUGGCCGCUUCCCAACUACUUCAGACCCUGCAUCAGUUCUUGCAAAUGAACUCUACUUCAUUCUCUCCUCAUCUUCUCCAUAUGAAACUGCUGCGCAGCUACUCCAAUACAGAAAUUUUACUAAUCAUACUUUAGACAUGGCCUCCUUGACUUCAAGACCUAUUUCGUCUAAGACCUCGUUUACUACUUCUAAUACUACUACUACUACUACUACUAAAAAAUUAUUUCGUGGAAAGUCAAACAAAGAAAAGGAAAAAGGAAAUAAAGAAGAAGAAGAAGAAGAAGAAGAAGAAGAAGAAGAAGAAUCCUUUCUUCAAAUGUUGGCUCGAAAAGUUCUUUAUGACUUUAUUGGUUUGGAUGAUGAGAUUUUGGAAAUCAUCAUGGGUGAGCGUUUUGUUGAUCCAAAACCUCAAAAACCUACUAGAGCUGCAUCAUUUUCUUUUACUUCAACCACUGCCUCUUCCUCCUUGUCUUCUUCUUCAUCCUCUUCAUCUUCAUCUUCAUCAUCUUCAUCAUCUUCAUCAUCAUCUUCUUCUUCUUCUUCUUCUCGAUACAACUCUUAUGGAAAUUACUUGUCUUCUGCUGCUGUCAGUAGAGCUCCCUCACCAGUAAAUGACUCAAGCCCCAAUAACAAAGAAACCAACAUCUAUAACAAACUUGAUGAAACAGCAAUGGCUGCUCUUAACUCUGUUUCUGGUGCAGGGGCCUCAACUCCAACAAAACCCUUACAUUGGACUAAACAGCUUAUUGUGGAUAAACUGUCUCGUGAAGUAUACUCUGCAUCAAUGUCAGUUAAAAAGGCAAUGGCUGGACCUUCCCGUAAAAAGCAAAAUCAUCACACAAGAGGUCCCCAAGCUAAGGGACCAUUGACAUCUUCAUUGUCAUCAUCAUCAUCAUCAUCGUCUGAUGUUUCACAUUCCCCAACCGCCAUUCUUAUUUUGGAAUAUCUUCGAGCCAGGCUUUUGGCUCCGCUUUACCCAAACACUUCGACCUCUUCUCAGGGUUUAUUUUACGACUCUGAGUCUGAAGAUUCCAUUACUACUGCUUCAGCUUUGCAUUCUAUUUCUUCUUCAAAACGCAAGGCUCCUCUGUAUAAUUGUGCAGUCGAAGCAUCCAUUUCUGAAGCGUCAUCAAAAAAACGUCGUGCUGCAGGUAGCCUCCAAACUGAAGAUUGCAGCACUGCUGAUAAUAAAGAUAAUCAUUAUGAAGAUGGAGAUAACGAUGAUGAUUAUACAAAUUAUUGGAAUUCAGGUAAUGGUGGAGGGUCUAACAGUGCUACGGGAGAUUAUCCAGGUUCAAUGGUUGGUGUGUGGUAA